GGGCUGUUUAUCUGUUACACACUGAACGGCAACGUCGCAUUAAUCUCUCCAAUAUGGCGGAAGAAACAGUUUUGAAUGAAGGCGCGUCCUUUAUGGAUCCUUUUAAAGGACUUUUGUUGACAUAUUUCAUGCCGGAAUCAUGUUACGACGAGUUCUUUCUCAAUUUUAACUUUUUGUACGUACCAUGUCUGAAGAUUGUGCUGAGCAAAGGCCUGGGGAUCGGCAUCAUUCUGGGAUCAGUGAUGGUGAAGUUGCCUCAGAUCAUCAAGGUGAUGGGAGCAAAGAGCGCUGAGGGGCUGAGCUUCCAGACGGUGCUGCUGGAGCUGCUGGCCAUCACAGGAACGAUGGCCUACAGCAUCGCCAACAAGUUUCCUUUCAGUGCGUGGGGCGAGGCUCUGUUCCUCAUGCUGCAGACAGUCGCCAUUGGCUUCCUCAUUCAGCACUACGGAGGCAGAACCAGCAGAGGUGUGCUGUUUCUGGUGGUGUUCAUCGGCCUGCUGGUCCUCGUGCUGUCUCCGGUCACUCCCAUGCCAGUGGUCACCUACCUGCAGGCCUCCAACAUGCCGGCCAUCAUCAUCGGCAGGCUGAUCCAGGCGGCCGCUAACCUCCGGAACGGGCACACGGGCCAGCUGUCGGCCGUCUCCGUCUUCCUGCUGUUCGCCGGAUCCCUGGCCCGCAUCUUCACCUCAGUACAGGAAACUGGAGACACGCUGAUGGCCUUCACCUACGUCAUCUCCUCCGCCUGCAACGGCAUCAUCGCUCUGCAGGUUCUCUACUACUGGAACAGCUCCCCGGAGCGCAAGAAGAAGAAAAAGAAGAGCGAGUAGGCUAAAGGACAGUUGCUAAACUUUCAAUCGAUAGCACUUUUUAUUUCCAUGUCCCACUCUUUUCCCCCACAUUCUCAAAGAAGUGUCUUUAAAACUUGAACUAAUUGACGACAGGAAACGCAUGUACAGUAUACAGAGCUCAGGCUGGGAAGUGCGGGACACUGAACCCGCUGGACCAACGCUCGACUGUGAUGUGACGAUGUGAACAUAACAUGACGAGCAGACCUUCCAUGUGGGCCCACAUUUGGCUUUAUGAUUGACAGUUAGCUGCUCUUAUUGGAGGUGUUUAGCUGUGAGCAGGGCUGCUGGGUCCAGACUCCCCGCUGUGCAGAACGCUGUAAUUACAUUCCUCCCCAUCCUCAUUACUGUCAGGCUGGGUUCACACUAGGGCUGCAUACGAGGAAAAUAUGCGAUACGCGAUAACGCUGUUGAGUGUCACGGUAACGAUAUUACUUGCGAUAAAUAAACAGAUAUUAAAGUGUG